AUGGAAAACCAGGAUGACGCAAGCAACGACGGGAGCCCAGAGAAUCCCGCAGAAGAUGCUGCGGAGAACGAGGAGGAUGAGCAAAAGCCGGAAGAGGGGGGCGGAGAGGACGCCGAAGAUGUCGACGCUGAGGAGAAGAAGAAGCUCCACUGCUACCAGUUUGAUGGCUAUACAUACACGUACAAAGACAGGCCGUCGGUGAUUGAGGAGAGAGAGGGGAAAAUUGAGUUCCGGGUUGUGAACAACGACGACACGCGUGACAACAUGAUCGUUCUGACGGGGUUGAAGAACAUCUUCCAGAAACAGUUGCCCGAGAUGCCCAAGGCGUACAUCGCGAGACUAGUGUACGACCGCUCGCAUGUGUCCAUAGCGGUGGUAAGGAAACCGUUGACUGUGGUUGGUGGUAUCACUAUCCGGCCAUUCGAGAGCCACGAGUUUGCCGAGAUUGUCUUUUGUGCCAUCUCGUCGACAGAGCAGGUGAGAGGCUACGGUGCGCACUUGAUGAACCACUUGAAGGACUACGUCCGCAGCACCACAAAGAUAAAGUACUUUUUGACGUAUGCCGAUAACUAUGCGAUCGGGUAUUUCAAGAAGCAGGGGUUCACGAAGGAAAUCACGUUGCCCAAGAAGGUCUGGAUGGGCUACAUCAAGGAUUACGAAGGAGGUACCCUGAUGCAGUGCUCAAUGCUGCCCCGCAUCCGAUAUUUGGACAGUCCGAAGAUACUCUCGUUGCAAAAGGCUGCGAUAUUGCGGAAGAUCCGGUCGAUUGGCAGGUCCCAUAUUGUCCACAAGGGGCUCGACCAUUUCAAGCAGAAGAGCUUUGAGCCGCUAAACCCGUUUGACAUCCCGGGUCUGAAGGAGGCCGGCUGGACGAGGGAAAUGGACGACCUGGCACAGAAGCCGAAGCGCGGUCCGCACCACAUUGCCAUGCUCACGAUAUUGACGGAGAUGCAGAACCAUCCAUCGAACUGGCCGUUUUUGCAUCCAGUGAACAGGACAGAAGUUCCGGACUACUACGAGGUGAUCAAGGAGCCGAUGGACUUGGGCACAAUGGAGGUGAAGUUGGAGAACGACGCAUACGAGACCAUGGAUGACUUUGUUUACGACUGUUCGUUGAUCUUCAACAACUGUAGGCAGUACAACGGAGAGAACACGACGUUCUACAAGAACGCCAACAAGCUCGAGAAGGCAGUCAUUGCGAAGUUGAAAGACUUCCCCGAGUAUUCCAGCUGCUUGGACAUCUUGACCAAGAAAUGA